AUGAAUGGCCGCGUCCAUCCCUACGCCCUUGCGUGGGAGGUCGAGCAACGAGACGGUCUUGAGUCUGGCGCCGGAGGCAUCCUUCUCUACACUAUGCCCGCCCUUAUCAUCCGCGACCAAGGCUACCAGCCCGUUCUUCCUAGGCUCUUUGCCUCCAUGGACAGCUUCCCCGUAUCCCGCCCAUCGUUUCCUUCACCGGCCUCAUCGUUGGCCCCGGCCACUCCUGCUACGACAGGACCUUCUGCCAGGUCUGGACGCCACCCAGCUGAGGUGCUGCGGCUUCCUCCAGCUUUCGACCUAUAUCACCCGGGAUCCCUGACAAGAUCCUCUCAGGGCUUCCACCCGUUUCAGGUCUUCGUCAUCUUCCCCAUCCGCGCCAACCCGUGGGCCAUCCUUUGCAAGAAGAUGGCCGAGAGGCGGGACUCUCAAUUCCAUACUAAUAUCUCCUUCACCUGCACGGGCAAGGUCGCUGGCCUCCUCGAUCACCGCGUCAUGGUCCACCAGCCGAGCUCCGACAGAGACUACAUCUUCAUCGUCGUCCCGGAUUCUUGGACUUUUCUCGACAAGACCGCCACCACCGCAGCCGCGUCGGCCUUAGCCCUCACAUCGCCACCGAAGCGGCAACCGUCCUCCGCUUCGGCGGCCUUCCAGGAUGCCCGCGCUGCCUCUUUCUCUGUCGCUACACCUGGCGCCCUCCCGCCGAGUCCUCCGCCUUCGGCUUCGACUUCGGCUUCGGCCGAUCCCGUUACACCGCUGCAGAAGCGUCCUUGUCCCGAGCCCGCCGACACGCCAACGAAGAAACCGCGCCUGUUGCAGCUGGCCUCAAAACCUUCCUCAUCGGCCGCCACUGGAAGCUCUGCCACUCAAUCGUUCUCUUUCCGCUGCCUCUUCUUCCUUCGAGCCGGAGACGAUGAGACAGAGUCCUGCCUCGGGAACCGUCUUGGGACCCGCCGUUGA